AUGUUUUGCCAGUUUUGGUUUUCUGGAGAAAUAGAACCGUUCUCUUCGCAAGUUUCGCAAUUCACCUACUUAUGGGACGUCGGUUGGGACUUCGCGGACCUGAAGCUGCAGCCGUACCUGAUAACGUGUGAGCUCCCUGAGGGGCACAGCCACCUGGUGCCGAGAUCCGUGUCGUUGGUGGAGCACCAGUGCGACAACGCCAGCAACAAUCUUCUUGUCGUGCACAAUCCGCUGCCCCCCGGCCAGAAAAGGAAGGAUUUCGCUGUUUGCGUUAAAGGGCUCUAUUUCUAUCACCAAUCCAUGUACGCCGUCCGCGUUGCUGAGUACGUCGAACUGCUCAAGAUCCUUGGAGCCGAACAUAUCACUAUAUACAGAUUUCAGGUACACGCCAAUAUUUCCAAAGUGCUCGAUUUUUACGCUUUAACAGACGUGGCGGUGGACUUAGUUGACACCACGAUGCCGGGUCCCUUCGCCAACAUACCUGACUUUAUGGAAAGGUACUUGAAGGCCCACCCCAGGAAGCAGUACGUGCAGGAGGUCAUUCACUACAACGACUGCAUGUACCGACAGCUCGACUUGUUCAACUACUUUGUUCCUAUCGACAUUGAUGAAGUGAUAAUGCCCGUGAGCACAGACAACUGGCACGAUCUAGUGUACAAAAAAGCCAUCCCAGCCUCUCAAGGACAAAAUGUGUCUGCAUUUAUAGCAAGAAACGUCUUCCUCGCGGACUCGGAGGUUCCAGAGCACACGGACGUGAUUCCGUGGUACAUGCACAUGCUGCAGAAUGUGCGUCGUGCUCGCAACAUCGACCCCGCUGAUUAUGUUGGAGGUCUUCUGCACCAAAAAUCGUUCCACGACGUGCAGAAGGUGCUCACACUCUACAACCACUCUCCACGGGAGUGCUUCGAUAAAAGGUGUAAGGUGCACGUUUUCGAACCUGAAGACGCGUUUCUCCAGCACUACUGCAUCGGAAGGACGCGACCUGAGUGCAGAAACAAUAACCUGACCGUGGACACGACCAUUUGGAAGUUUAAGAAUGAGCUCAUUCGCAAUACAAAUCGAGUUCUGCGCCGAGUUGGAAUUUUGGGUGCAAAUAAUCCCUAA